AUGUUUGCCCUCCGCAAGCUCUUCAUCCGCACUACGUCGCGCCACACAAAGUGCGCUGAAGUGAUGCAGUAUGAAGCUGCCCCGACUUCACCCAUCAUCCGCAUGCAUGCUAUUCGUCGCCAGUCCCGCCAUGCACCAGCCCACGCGCCCUUCUUCUUUGAGGACCAGACCUCGGGUACCUCGAACGAGUCGAACCUCACGUCUCCCGAGCCCGAGCUGGAGCGUUGCCUAGCUUCGGAAGACUUCAGCAGCGAAAGCCACCAGGCUCGCGUCGCCGAUGCGGAAGACGCCCUCAUGCGGGCGGCCGACCCUCUUCUCAUGGACGCUGCCGAUAGGCUUGGAGAGCAACUCGAUCAGGCGGAUGGUCGCGUUGAUCAGGACCUCUGCCCUGAGCUGGAGGAGGUGCUUGCGCGCAUGCUUGCUCUGAGGACAGAGCUCGGGAUCUAG